UUUUUUGUUAGCCGCGCUUUAUCCGGGAAAAUUCAAACGAGUUUAUAUGGAUUUCGAGGAGAACAUGGACCACUGUGGGGCUGAAAACAUUUAGUCUGACUCCUCUAAUACAACAUGUAUUAUCCACUGCAAGACUAUUUCAUAGCUCCUGAAGCCCCUAAGCCUGGUGACAUGAUCACACCAGUGAAAACCAUAUCUAAAGUAGCUCACAAUUGGGCAACUGGAUCAGGCAGAAAGAUCUCAAACCGAAAUGUGUUGAUGAACUCCACUGCACAGAAUGCUGAAGAAAAUAUCCCAAAUAUCCCAUGUGAGCUCAGCAGCAUCAAUGCCACGGCGGAGGUCGCCCCUCAAGACAAAGUGGACCUGAUGCUGAAGAGGUGCAGCGAGACGCCGGCAAAGAUUUUUGCAAGAAUGAAGGCAAAAGUUCAGAUACAAAAUUCUGCAGGGCAUGGGGCAGCCUCUGAUCAUGUAAGCAACCAAGAGAUGUGCGACAGUGUCCCCUCGAACCCUGUAACCCAGUACUCUCAAAAGAGUAACGCCAACCAGGAGACAUAUGUGUUAGCCCUCUCACCUCCACAGUCACCGAGAGGAGAUGCACAAGCUGGAGAAAUGGACUUACCACAGGAUGGCCAUUCCAUCAAUCUUCAUAAAGUGCCUGGAAGACAACAUGAAACCUUUAAUACGGAGUCAGAGUCAUUUAUUGAGCCCUAUGUUUUACUUGAGAAAAUACCUGGGGAGAUGUUAUCAGAGAUGAAAGAAAGGCGAAAGCAAAUGCCAGAGAAUCUUUAUAACAGAAACCUACAGCCUCAUGUGCUGUUGAACAAGAUGGUUCCUGAUGAGAUGUUAGCCCAGCUUCAGCGGAAACCCAUCACCUAUGUCACUGGUUCAAAGGACAUCAGAAAUAAAGGUGGUGUUGUAUUUGGUGAGAGGAGCAUUGCAGUAGAAAAGGACAAUGAGGAAGAGCUCCAAAUAGACACGUCCAGUAGUCCUGAGUCUGAUCCGUUUGGUCAGUCGGAGUGCACAGAAGUGGUCCCUGGACUCCCUCAGCCUCCUCAUAAUCUACUGGAUGAUCCUCUACUGCAGCUCUCUCCUCAGGUGUUGAUCCCACGAAAGACAGCAUCUGUGUUUCAGACAAAACAACAAGCUAAACAAGCAGAUGUAACUCUAUAUGAAGAAACCAAUGUGAGGAGGAUUCAUUUAAGAGACUGGGUUUUGAAACUGCUCAACAAAGACCUUGUGGUUGACGGUAUUCGCAUAGAUACUAUGAUACCUUGGCACAGCAGUUUUAUCAUUGAAAGAAUCUCAAGCAAUGUUCUCAAGACUUCAUCUGGCAGAACCUAUGUCCUCAUUGGGAAAAUGGCCAAACAUCCCAAUUCAUCGUUUCCAUCAUGGUUUUUGAAGAAGUUUCUUUUUGGGUUUCCAAAAAUGUGGAAGGAGUACCUGGAUCAGUUUUUGAGUGGUCAUAUGAGACCGCAGAAAAGUCAGAAGGACAACAGCAGUGUGAAACCUCCCAAAGCUAAAAACCAACAGGCCUCUAAAAACUCAACAUCCAGACAUCCUAAAAUUCAGGGCAAUAUAGCAUCUCUCAUUCCCAUCACUCCCACUGACAAAAUUCAGCAGGGCAAUGCAAAAGUUUCCCGCAGUGGCCGACUCAUCAAACCACCAUUGGAAUACUGGAAAGGAGGGAGGAUUGUUAUGGAUUCUGACAUGAAUGUCACUAUCCAUGGGGACUACUCUACCUCAUUGCUGUCCACGCCAAAGAAACCAGUAACUAUGGCAACGUCACAAAUCACAGAGGAACAAUUAUCCAGGCUCAAAACUCUGGGAAGAGGGAGGCGUAAAACAUCUAGCAGUGAAGAUGAGCUGUCAGUGCCAAUAAGGAGGACCAAACAGCGUUCCAAACCCCAAAGAAAAGUCCAAUCUCAGAGCACAACACUGAAUAAACCUUCAAGAGCUCAGAAAGGACCCCUGGUUAUGGCCCGCAGCUCAAGCUCGGGUCAUGCAGUGAAACAAAAAGCUAGUCGACCUCAAAGAGCCUCUCUGAGAAAACAGCAGUCAGGAAGAGAGGAAAAUGCUAUGGGCUCAGAGUCAGAAAUGAUGGAGAACACACAGGUUGAUUCAGUGAAUGGUCAUUUCUCAGCCAGGGAGGGAGCAGUGUCGUACGAAGAACAGGAAUCAGGCUUUGAGAAUGAUCCGAAGACAAAGAGCAACAGCAAUUCCCAAAAGCAAAUUCAGGGUGAACCACAAUCCAUGCCACACGACAACAGUUCCUUACGCCGAAGUGCUCGCAUAAAUUCCAGAGCCCAAUACACUACUGACUCUAACAGCUCAUUUGCAUCUCCAGACCCUCCAAAAAGGCGAAGAGGAAAAGGGUCCACAGACCGUAAACAGCUAACAAAACUUCAUAAAGCUGAGACCUCUGUGGUGCAAGAUUCUACCAGUCAUAAGGAACAAAAUGAACAGGACUCAGUGAGAGGUUCACUUAGACCAAAAAAGGUCUCGCAGAGAAAUUCAGAUGAUGUUUUGGUAGGAGAUUCUGUUGAUUUUCCCACCGAUGAUGAUAAUGACGAAGAGAGAAGGCGACAUGACAAGAAGACCACAUUAUUGUUGAAGAGAUCAAGACAAAGGAAAGCAAAAUCUGAACUUAAAACCAAUGGACACCUUGCGUCCUCAGAGGACAUGCAUUCUGAGCACUCAGAGGAUGAGGAAAGCGUUCAACAUGCUGUUUCAAAUAACAGAAGAUCACAGAAAUCUGAAACAGGAAAAGCAAACACUAGAAGCAAAAAGCCACAUACAGAAAACAGCAAUAAGCAUGAAGAUGAGCUAUUAGAUGGAAAAUGGACGGAAGAAGAGCUACAAAAACUACCUGUAUUCGCUGCAAACGGAGAUGAUGAAGAUUUCAGCCUGCUUCAGAACCCUCAGACACCGAGUUCUAGCAUUUCUACUGCUGCUAAAACCCCUCAGUGUCUGCACAUCAGCCCAGGAAUGCUGGGAUCCAUCAACAAGAAUAACAUGGACAAGUACAUUUUCCAUCUUCAGAAGAACCAGAAGGGACAGAAACGAGGCAAAAAGGCAGCACCAAUAGACAAGCUUACACCAACUCCAGUAGUCAAGAAGACUCUAAAGAGAUGUGUUGCUGAAGAUGAUGACUUUGUGGUGUGGAAUAUGCUGUCAGAUAAAGAUAUCCCAUCCAGAGCUGAUGACAGUGAUGAGGAGGAUGAUUAUUUUAUGGAAUACUGCUGAGUUUCACUAUCAUAGUUUAGCAUGUGUAAAAUGUAUCUUAAGUCAGUUGGUUUCAGUGCUGUUAAUCACAUUGUUUUACAGUAUUUUAGCUUCUGCUUUUCCAGUUGUUUUUAAGUACGUUUUGGUAUGUCAGACACCAGUGCUCAUGAAAUGUUUGCUAGCUUUAGCUUACAAAACGUCUCAAAUGAAGAUUUUCAAUUUGCCUUGUUGAGCCAGUUCUUCUACAAUGCAGUGCUUAUCAGUGGGUUGUAUAUAUAUAUUUUUUUUUUAUUUGGAGGUCAUAAUCUGCGGAUGUUAUACCAUAAAAUUCUAAUGAAAGCAUAAACAACUCAAUAUAAAGAAAGGCAAAAGAAAAAUUCUAAUUAAUCAGAUGUGAAAGAAGUUUGAAAAGGCAACAUUUUAGAUUCUUUUAUUUGAUUAUAUUGUAAAUAAAUAUAUAAGCAAAAACAAUGUUUGAGCAAAUA